AAGCCUGUAGCCUAACGUUAGUUUACCAACUCGCUUAUUUUAUUAACGGACAUUACCUCUCUCUUAAACAGUAGUUUGCAUUCGCUGUCCACAGUUUUGUUUAAAGUAAUUUACUUUGACGCUAUGUCCCAUUGUUGUGUUAAAUGAGUUUGCAUCCUUGGUGCUUUGUUUUGUAAUGAACGCGAGAGUGACUCUACCGGCUUCAGUCCAGAUAGCGUUUGUCGUGUUUACUCUGGUAUUUUCGGUAAGUGUUUGCUCACAGUUGACGGUGCUUGUUCGUCUCAACGAUGGUCAAAUAACGGAGGAGCUGUUAGAGGCGGAUAGUAAGAAGGACAUUAUAACAGUGGAGUUCAAGCAGGCAGACGGGACUCUCAUCACAUUCCUGUCUGAUUUCAAGCGCCGUGUGAAGAUCUUUCAUGCCCUGGUGCUUGGGGAGCCAGAGAAGGGCCAAUCACAGUACCAGGCCCUCUGCUUCAUCUCACAUUUGGACCAUGGAGAGCUCAUCCCCAGUGAAGCCAUGGCUAAACUCAGACAGAAAAACCCUCAUUUGGUGCGGAGUGCGGAGGAGAGACGUGGUGUGGAACAGUUCACUAUGAACGCGGUGCUCAACAUGAGUCGCUCCUGGCACCUCAGUACUCACAUACAUAAUGUCUGCGGGGAUGCACGGGACCUUGUGUACACACGGCAGCAAGAUGUCAAACACUGGCUGGACAAAGGGGUUGAAGGUUCAAUAUUUGAGGUCUUUCCCCAGAGUCUGAAUGUGAGUGGCUUGCAGAGCUGCAGCUCCACUACAGACCCAUGGCAGCCCUGCGCCUGCACUUACAGGUUAAACCUGGAGUGGUUCCCGUGCCAGCUGAAGUACUGCCGGGGUCAGGGGUCCAACCCCUACAAGUGUGGCAUUAAGAGCUGCAGCAAAGGCUACCGGUUUGACUUCUACACACACCAUAAACACCUGUGCCUUUGGGAUGAGGACACUUAGUACCACCUAAGAGAAAGGAAACUUGUUUUUUGUUUUGUUUUUAUGGGAAACAUGCUUUUGUAAAGUACUCUACAACAAAGCAGAAGUUUACUUUUACCUCAAGGAAACAUUUUGAUAAUGAGAUUAUCUAGAUAUUACUUGUGCGCUUCAUUGUAUUGAAAGCAACUAAACAUUUUGUCUCAACAGAGAACUUUCUCUGACUUUUAUGCAUUGAGUGAAAGAAUGGAUAUUUUGAUGUGGAUUGUCAAGCCAUUUGUCUUUUCACUUUUGGGCAUCACUACAAUGAUACCUCAGGGCAGACAAUUCUGUUUUAAUGAUUUAGUUCUGCUUUAGGAUAAGCUGUCUUGUAGCUCUUGUUUUCAUUCCGUUUAGUGUUUACAUUG